AUGUCUGAAAAAAUUUCCGUAAAUUAUUACAUAAAUAACCACAACGUCAAUAAUGGUAAAAUUAAAUGCGAAGAUGAUAUAACAAUUAGUAAUAACGGCAAAAGUAAAGGCGAUUAUAAUAACAAUCACAACAACACAGAAUUCAGUAAUAACGAUGGUGAAGAUGUUGAAGUGGAAAAAGCUGAACCAGAAGAUUUAGUGAGAACACCAUUACAAAACAAAUUUCAUUAUUUCUUUGAAGAACCAAGAUCCACAUUGGCCAUAUUCUUCUCAAUUUUAUCAGUAGCCAGUGUGGUAGUGACAGUUGUUGCAAUAUGUGUUCAAUCUUAUACAACAAUACCUGACUUUGAUCCCAGAUGGUGGGUUCCGAUAGAUUUAGCAAUCGCGUUGGUAUUCACAUUAGAAUAUUUUGGAAGACUUUAUGCAUCAUUGAAUAAAUUUAAAUUUCUAUAUAGACCAUCAAAUGUAGUUGACUUCUUGUCCGUUUUGCCAUUUUAUCUACAAUAUAUAAACAUACUAGGAAGUCGAGCUGAAACAUUUUUAAGAGUUCUCAGAAUUAUUAGAUUAUUGAAAAUACUACGAAUAAUUCAUGCAACAAGAGUUUCAAUUGGAAUUGGUAUAACGGCCAAAGUAUUCAGAAAAUCAAUGCAUCAAAUACUUAUGGUUUCAUUGUAUUUAUUGAUAGCUCUACUUGCAUCAUCAACAAUUUUGUAUGAUUUUGAGCAUGGAGAGCUCCUCGAACCGACUACUUUGACAUGGUAUCGUUACAAUGGAAAUGAUAUGGAAAUAAGUCCAUUCCAGUCAAUAAUAGGUACCUUUUGGUGGUCAAUAGCCACAUUGACCACAACCGGCUACGGAGAUGCAGUACCUAUCACUGCACCAGGCAGAAUUGUAGCUGGAGUAACUAUGAUUUGUGGUAUAUUGGUGAUAGCAUUACUAACAUCUAUCAUCGGAUCAAAUUUCGUAUCAGAAUGGGAGAAUCAUAAAAGUGCCAAACUUAAGCAAAGACCAAUCGUUGACAUUUUAAAAGGAGCUGAAAUUAGUAAAAAAAAAAAGAUACGUAUGUUACAAAAACAAAACGGAAUAAUGCUAGAAACAAUAAUAGAAAUUCAAGAUAAAUUGCUUGAUUUAAAUCCAUCGUACCCGAAAUACUGA